AUGGAAGCCGAACCAUGGAAAUUAAAUGAUCAUUUUAUAAAGUUAAUAAAAUUACCGAUGGAAACCGAACCAUGGAAAUUAAAUGAUCAUCAAAUUAAAGUCCUGAAAGCUUUCUGCGGUACAUUUAUAGCUGAAUUGACUGAUGAUGAAAUUGAAUCCCUCCUAAAUACGAAGACUAAAAUCCCUAUUGAUUCCGAAAAAAUUCGUGAAUUCGGAAAAUUCGACUUGUCCAAACAGGAUGAAUUCAUUGAAUUAUUGAUAGACCAUCUCAAACGGGAUUUAUCAAUGAGAUCGCUCUCUCGACUUUCUAAAAUUUUAACGCUUUUCACCAUACGACCACUUUCAUUUUUAUUAACUGGUCACCUGUCACUAUUCUAUGAGCUUAGUAGAAAAGAUCGAGAAAUUGUCCUGCAAAAAUGGUCAAAAAGUUUUUCAUUCUAUAGAGAUCUUUAUAAAACCUUUAGUAGUAUUAUAUUAAUAUCAUUUUGGUCAAGUGAGAAUGCAAGUAUCUUUAAUUCUACAAUUGGAUAUCCUGGACCUGAUCCUCGAAUAAAUAGUCAACGUUAUACUGAAAACUUAAGUAAAUUUCCAAUUUAUGAUUUUAUUCAAGUUCCACCUGAAGGAUUGGAAUUACAAUUUGAUGUAGUGGUAAUUGGUUCGGGAGCGGGAGGAGGUGUGGCGGCAGCUCAAUUGGCUAAAGCUGGAUAUAAAGUUUUAGUGAUCGAGAAAGGAAAAUAUUAUCAUCAGAGUGAACUUACUUUGACUCAAGCAGAUUCCACUGCUAAGCUCUAUGAGCAAGGAGGGACGAUUGCAAAUCAAGAUAAUACGAUAGGAAUUCUAGCCGGAUCAACCUUUGGUGGUGGUACCACAGUUAAUUUUUCGGCAUCAUUUAAGUUACCAAAUAUUAUAAGAGAAGAAUGGGCUUCGGAAGGAUUAGAUCAUUUUACUACUAAAGAAUAUGAUAAUUCACAAGAUGCUGUUGAAGAAAGAAUGGGCGUAUCCACAAAAGCGAUUGUUCAUGAUGAAAAAAGUAACAUACUUAUUGAAGGUUGUAAACGACUUAACUAUCAUUAUGCAGAUGUUCCACAAAAUACAGCGGGCGCGGAACACCAAGAUGGAUGGUGUUUGUUUGGUUGUCGUUAUGGAGAAAAACAAGGAAGUUUAAUAACGUGGUUAAGAGAUGCGAGAGAUAAUGGAGCAAAAUUUGUGCAAGAUUGUUAUGUCAAAAAAGUUUUAAUCAAAGAUAAAAAAGCAGUAGGGGUUGAAGCGACAGUUGGUAGUGAUAAACGAAAAUUAAUAGUGCACUCGAAGAAAGUAAUUGUUUCUUGUGGAUCAGUUCAUAGUCCAGCAUUACUAAAAAGAAGUGGACUUCGAAACAAAAAUGUUGGAAAAAAUUUAUUUUUGCAUCCAGGAAUGUGUAUUACUGGUACUUUUCCUGAUAAAGAAAUUAAGUCUUAUUAUGGAACCAUUAUUUCUGCGUAUUCUAGUAUUCAUACCGAUAUUUAUGCAAAAACUAGUGGACAUGAUUAUGGAACAAAAAUUGAACUUAUGCCUUUUCAUCCUUCAUAUGAGGUAGCAUCUAUCCCUUGGAAGUCCGGAUUAAAUCAUAAGCAAAGAAUGCUUCAACUGAAUCAUCAUUCACCUUUGCUCAUUAUAGGACGUGAUAAAUAUCCAGGAAGUAUUGAUAUUGAUGACAAUGGAGAACCAAGAGUACAUUAUACCGUUAAUGAUUAUGAUUUAAAAAAUAUUACAGAAGGAGUAGUUGCUGCGGUUAAUGUUUUAGUUGUAACGGGAGCAAAAUCUAUUGAUGUGGGCAUUUCAGAACUUGAUGAAUUUGUACCUACAGAAAAUGAUCCUUUACAAGAUCCGAAGUUGAAAUCAUUUAUUGAAAAUAUCAGAAAAAUUGGAACAAAGAAUUGUAAUUUCGGAAUCGUAAAUCCAAGGGGCAAAACUUGGGAAGUUGAUAAUCUUUAUGUGGCUGAUGCAAGUGUGUUUCCUUCAGCACCAGGUGUAAAUCCUAUGAUUACAAUUUGUAGUGUUGCAUAUUCCAUUGCAAAUUUUAUUAUUGAAGAUGAUCAAAGAACAUGA